GUCGAGGGACGUUGUACGAUAUAUUGCAGUCGGUUUGCAAUUGUUUCAUAGGCAUGCCCUUCUUCGCCAUAUUUCUAUCGACGGCAUCCCACAUUUCCUCAUUUGCUCGACCGACGGGAAAUGUCAGCAGUUCACGAUUCGUCUACAUCGAAAGCGAAAACCCGCGAGCGCCAGUAAACGAAACCCCAUUUGAUAUCGCCCCAAACUUCGAUGUCGGGUCCAGGGACCUUGGGGUUCGAGAUGUGUCCCAAGUCUCUUUCAUGGCGAACUUUGGCCGACCGUUAUGGUGGGCGAUGCUACACGGGUCUAGUCGAUUUGAUGAGCUCGGCGCGCUCGGAUUUGACCUUUUGGACUUAGCACGUCGCAAGUUAAUCGGAGACCGAGACCCCAAUGAAACAGCAUUGCCCAAUACUAUCGCGGCACUGGCUGUUGUGGAUGUGCGCCUCUGCCUCGACCACGACUCAUGCCGUGCGCAGACCCGGGAUGUUCUCGACGAAAUGACGAGGAAGCAUAUGCGUAUCUUGUAUUCCAUGCCACAACAUCGCGAAUAUUAUCAAUCCGGUUACCCUAGUGAACCGAUAUUGGCUGAGGCUGCAGCCAUGCAGCUCGACCAUUGGCGAAAUCAGACAAACCGGACGGUCCUUAUAGAUACCUUGUUGUCUUUCGUGCAAAACACUCACCUGAAUGUGGGCGACCGAGCAGAAGUCGUUGGACGCGCGCUUCUUACAGAAGCAUACGAUCGCGCGAUCAUAGCAGAGCAUCCAGCUCUAUCUGAAGCUCGGUUCAGUCAAGGAUGUCUACUGACAUCGUUCAUCAGAGAACUUUUGACUGAAGAGGCCGCUCUUGCAGUUCUCGAGAGUCAACCUGAUAACGUCCCGGACGGUGCCACCUUUGGCAAUGCAUUCAAAGAUGCAAGGGUCAGGUUCACGCACUUCACCAAGCUAGACGACGAGGAGAGUUUGAUCACAGCUAUGUUAUUCGUGGCCUUCAUCCGCGGCAUGGCCUUCGUCGCUAGCUCUGAUGAGGCUUUCAUUGACGUCGUCAUCCCGGUAUCCUUGAGAGACGAGAAGCUUGGUGAGUCCGUCAUGACCGGAAUUCUCAUCCAGUUCAAACGCUGGGGCCAUGCAAGGACCGCGGCGAAAGUCGAGAUCGAUGCUGAACGACUUGGCUUCUUCCCAUCCACACACGAAUCUCAUCCGCGCCCCUACUGUGCUCUCAUAAUGCAGCUGAAAGUGCACCCCCCGAAGGGUGUUAUUCCCGGAGGACAGGAAAAGGGCGUACUAGGGGAGCAAAGAGCCGAACCAUCGACUCCUCGAGAGAAUGCUCCGGGGCUUGUUUCGAAGGUCAAGCGGCGAUUGGAGAGCUUACGGUCGACCGAACGGGACGCUACUCACCCGCGUUACCACUUUUCCGUGUAUGGUUGCUCGAACACGGUAUACAAGGGGAUUCUAGAGGAAGAGAAUCGCAAAUACGCUGCUCUGCUUUCUUCUGGGAACACGUUUCACGACCACGGACGCCAGACCGAGGAACAGUUGGCUGAAGUCUGGCGAAUGAAGCCAUCUUGGUCGGCUGCUAUGGGAUCGUACCAUUGGGUCGAGGGAGCCGACAUCAUUUCGAACGUUCUUGACGAAGGAGAUGGGGUUGUCAUUUCGCAAUACCCGGGAUACGAGGGCGAGAAUUCAGGUUAA